AUGGCUAACCAUCUUAGGGAUAUUUGGCUUUACAUCGUUUCGAAGUUGAAGCUGAAAACCGAGACCAAGGUUGUUCUUCCUCCUGUUGAUCAGGUGUUGGGAAUUCCCGUCACAUCUGCAAAUGCAUUGUCAAUUCAAGCACAAAAUGAGAGGGAAUUGAAGCGGGAGAGGAGAAAACAAUCUAAUCGUGAAUCUGCAAGAAGGUCGAGGUUGAGGAAACAAGCUGAAGAGGAGCUCGUCCGAAGAGUUGAAUCCCUCAGUGCUGAAAACAUGGCGCUGAAGACUACAACUUUGUCAGAGUUCAUCAAAAUGAGCAUCAAUGAGGAUAACCAGAGUCUUAUUACUGAGAAUUAG